AUCCUCUUGGUUUAUGCUAUAAAUUGAUUAUCAACGCCGUCCCCGACGCUAUUUAGGGUUUCCAAAGUUUAGAGUGCUUCCUCGCCGUUGGUCUUUCUCCUCUAGCUUCUUUCGCUAAAUCAUGGGAUUCGCCAAUAUCUGGAAUUCUCAUCCCAAGAAAUACGGUCCUGGUUCCCGCACAUGCCGUGUGUGCGGAAACUCCCAUGGAUUAAUCAGGAAGUAUGGUCUUAACUGUUGUAGACAGUGCUUCCGCAGCAACGCCAAGGAAAUCGGAUUCAUUAAGUACCGUUGAAGAUCAUUGCCCCUUGCGUGGGAGCCGGAGCAUCAUCAUGUCUUUUUUUUUGGUUAAACUCAAAGCCCAAGUUAUUGUAAUGGAUUUGUGACAUUGAGCUAUUUCGUUAAGGCUGUUUAGCUGUUGAAUCUUAUACUCCCUCAGUUUUAUUAAAUUUGAUUUUCUGAGUUUUGCACAUGGA